AUGUCACGAUCCCGUAGCGGGUGCCUGACUUGCAAACGGCGCCAUUGCAAGUGCGACGAGACCAAACCCGAGUGUCUGCAAUGUCUCGGUCAGGGUAUCAAAUGUGCAGGCUACAAUGUCGUAUUGCGUUGGGAUGCCGGCAUCGCUUCACGGCGCCGGUAUACAGGAGCGCUGGAACCGUCAGAGACGCUCCAUAUCGAGCCUACAGAGACGACAAGGCCGUGGAGGCGCACGUCCAGAAAGCCAUCUAGUGGAAUAGUUUCGUCAUUCGAAUUGGCAAUCCCACCAGAACGAAAUUUCAUAGGAAACACAAAUGUCCCCUCAAAGCCGAUUCCAGUGGUUCGCUCUCCAGGUCCUGAGAUGCCCAGUACAUUGAACGAGGCCUUCCAGACGUCCCUGCAAUCCCCCAUGUCCUCACUAGAGGGAUUUUCAUGGGCGGGCUGGACAGAGCAGGAUCGAGAUCUUUACGAAAGAUGUACGUCUUCGAUCCAAAUAAUUGUCAACUCAAGGCCGCGGACGAAUAUUUUCCAUGGGCUGAAAGAAUUCUGGGCUAACAAAACUUCCACCCAUCUCUAUGUGUCAAGCCCAGACAAUCCUUCAUCACUGUUCGAGGAGUACUACGUUCGCGGGCUACAUUUAUUCCGUAAACAGCUUGAGAAUCACGACGGCAGCAUCAACGUUGGAGUGAUGUACGCCGGGCUGUUCAUUUGCACGCUUAAUCUUUUCCAAGGCACACCGUGGUCGGUUCAUUUGGAACUAAUGAUGACCGUCUAUGGCCUAGGAGGGAGUUUGCACGCGUCUGCAGUCCUAGACAAUCCUGAGACCCACUUUCCCCUUGAACUCAUGGCAGUGAGGGACAUACCGACGUUCGUACGUGGCCGUUCCACCACGACACUAUGCCUGUGGCAGAGAUUGAGACAGGGCAAGAGAUCCAACAAUACGGAGCAGGAUGAUGGGAUUGAAGGAGUUACUAGUUUGCCUAGGUCACUUCUAGAUAUCUUCUCGUCUAUUCAGACUGAAGCUUCAGAAAGUGCCUUCAUUUCAUGGCCAGGAGAGGUUGGAGAAAUACCUCAAAUCCAUCUAUGGGAAGCUUAUCGCUUUGCGGGGAUCCUCACUGGCCGGCGACUGAGGAAAGACCCAUGUCUUUCAUCGCUAGCUCUAUCCACGGAGGUCAUCGUCGGUCGCCUUGUGGCAGCCAUUGAUGCCCUCUGCGACACGCGGAACCGACCCGAGUAUAGCCACUUGCUCACAUCUAACUCGCUCCUAUAUCCAUAUGUCGCGGCACGGCUAGAAGUUGCCAUCUUGCGACAUCGGCCCUCCUGGAUGGAGUCGCUGCGCCGAGCUUGCGGUAUUUGUCAACCCUACGGCAAAACCGCGAACGCAGAUAACAUUGCACGCAUGCUGGAUGAGGCUUGGGAGGUGGACGACGAUGAUUACGACAUUGAUGAGCAAGCCAGACGGAGAAAUGUAGUGUCGGAUUGGAAGUCCAAUUUAACCGCGGCGUACGGCCGACUACGCAGGGGCCAAUUAGGGGCCCUAUUUAUAAUUAUUAUAGCCAGCCCUACCUACGGUUAG